AUGUUUCAGAUGUGCAAGGAUCUGAAUGAACCCAUUGAAGAAGAAGUGCCAAUCAGUGUAUCCAAACAACAAAUUCCUGACAGAAACUACGUUGACGACAUCUACCGGAUAAUUCUGUGUCCAAUCUCAAAGACAGCCAGCAGAUCCUGGCUUAAGAUAUAUUUCAAACUGAAUGGACAGAUGAACACUUCUGUAGAAUACAACCAAAUGCCUCGCCAGUAUUUCGAACAAUACGUACGUAAGCUUAAGACGUACACUGAUUUUGGUAUCCAUGGUCGUGUGAACAGUUACCUAAAAAUAAUGACAGUCCGCCAUCCUCUGGUACGUCUUGUGUCAGCGUACAAGGAACAGGUGGUGCCACCACAUGGGCUGUUAAAUGGUGCAUUGGAGAAAUUUAACAUGAAAAGAAGACGCACGAGGGACGGUAAUAAAACAAACACAGUUACAUUUGAAGAUUUUCUGCAUUUUAUCCUCCAACGUCCAAAUAUCCAUUGGAAUGACUUCAAUACGUUUUGUGCUCCUUGCAAAAUGCAGUAUGAUAUCGUUGUGUAUUUCGAGACAAUGGCAGAGGACCUCAAAAACACUCUCAUUCUCCUGGGCGCAGACGACAUGAUCCAACUCCCGCCUUCACAUCGUGCAAAUGAAACGUCGUCUGACGAUGAAGCACGGCAGUUCUAUCAGGGUGUAGACAGGGACCUUUUGAAGCAAGUCAUGGCAAAGUAUUGGGUAGAAGAAAAGUAUUUUGGAUAUAACAUGAGCUUGUUUUCAUAA